UGAUGAACUUCGCCGACAACUCAAGGAUCUCAUAGAGAAGGGUUAGAUCCGACCGAGUGUCUUCCCUUACGGAUCUCCUAUCCUAUUUGUACCAAAGAAAGGGAGAACGUUGAGGAUGUGCAUUGAUUAUAGGGGCCUCAAUGCCAUCAAUGUGAAGAACGCAGAGCCCCUACCAUGCAUCGAUGACUUGCUGGACCUAGUGCAAGGGUGUCGAUACUUCAGCAAGAUAGAUAUGAAGUCCGGGCACCAUGAGAUUGCAAUCAGGCCCGAGAGUCAACACAAAACCGCUUUUCAGACCAGGUACGGUCUGUACGAGUUUGUGGUGAUGCCUUUUGGCCUUUGCAAUGCUCCUGGCACCUUUCAACACGCGAUGAACAAGAUCUUUCAUGACUACUUAGAUAAGUUUGUCAUCGUGUACCUCGACGACACACUCAUUUUUAGUAGGACUGUCGAGGAGCAUGCGGCCUAUGUAGACAAAGUCCUCAAUCUCCUUCGGCAGCACCAUUUCAAGAUUAACUGGGAAAAAUGUGAGUUUGGCUGCACCCGGAUCUUGUAUCUGGGUCAUGAGAUUUGCGUGGAGGGAUUGAAGCCCGAUGAAAUGGUGGCCAGCAUUCGUGACUGGCCACGUCCUCAGUCUGUGACUGAGGUGAGGUCCUUCUUGGGUAUGACAAGCUACUAUCGCAAUUUCGUGAAGAACUAUAACACGGUGGCCACACCCUUGUCGGAUCUCACACGCCUGGACAACCCAUGGGAGUGGACAGACAGGUUUAGUAAGUACGCUAGGUUAGUUGCGAUGCCUGAGAUAGCAAAAACCAAGUACGAGAUUAGACUAUUUAAGGAAAACUGGGUCAGGGACUUUGGUCUGCCAAAGUCCAUUGUUAGCGACCGGGAUGUGCGUUUCACAAGUGAUGUGUGGAAGGCUGCAGCUGCUGAACAAGGGACCCAGCUGCAGAUGACCUCCGAGAACCAACCAGAGGCAAACGGACAAGCCGAGCAGAUGAACCGCGCUGUACAACACCUGCUGAGGCAUUAUAUUAAGCCCAAUCCGAUGGACUGGGAUGAGAAGCUUGCUCUCAUCGCCAGCUUGUACAAUAAUGCAGUGCACAGCGCUGCAGGGGUACCGCGGGAGCCCAGCUAUGGCGCUGGUAAGUCGCGACAGGUUGGGGAUAGAGUCUGGGUGAAGGCAUCCAAACUCGGGCAAGAGCACGGAAUCUCUCAUAAACUCAUGCCACAGUACUUCAGACCAUGGGAGGUUCUAGAUGUUGUCGGAGAUGAUCCCGAUGGGACUUCCUAUGUGAUACAGAUCCCUGGUCACCUUCGCACCUAUCCUGUUUUUCACGCCUCCAAACUUGCACCUUUCAAGGGAACUGACCAGUUUCCCUCUCGUCGGUCUAUGCUGCCUCCAACCAUGGAUGAAGAAGUUGAUAUCAACAGCAUUGUGGAUCACAAGGAAAUGCCGAUGCCGAGACCAACUGGCAGGGGUCGACCUCCGAAGCCGAAGUUGCAGUUCCGUAUACGUUUCAGACAUCACACAGAUCCGAAAGAGGACCGAUGGUUUACAAGAGAGGAACUGAUGCAGACCGCCUCACAGAUUGUCUCUCAUUAUGAGAAGUCAUUGCAGAAGGGAAAGCGCCAGAUUGAUUGAACUUCUCAGAGGACUAUCGAAGUAUGGAGGAGGGAAUGCGAGGCCCUAAGCCUCGGCAAGCCCUACCGGGGCCCUGUUUCCAG